GUCUUGCACUUCCUCUGUCCUACCAACCCCGUUCCGAAUAUCAGUACAGCUUCGUCUUGCACAAGGGUAUCCCAGCAACCCCCGGAAUGAAGGGUCGUUCCACCCUGAAGUUUCGUUGCCACACAAGUUUCCCCUGAUCGAGGCACAAUGUGAUAAUCCGUGCUGCGACGACGGAGUGUUGACCAAAUUGAGGGUUGUUACGUCCUGAAGCCAUCAGGAUCCAAGUAUCCUGGCUGGAGGUUGGUCCAAGUAGUAUCCAGGCCGCAUGGCGCUUCUUCUACAGUUGUUUUGUCUCUCGUAAAUGCAUUCAAUCCCAGCGCGAAGUGAAGAACGUCUCCUCAAUGGCGCGACUUAUUGUUGGAUUCAAAACGACAAAUUGAGAGCGAUCCGACGAAAAUGGAGGACCGUCCGAUGCACUUCUACCUGACGAGGUAACGCCAUGCAUAUGAUACUCGCUUAAGGAUGCAACUAUGAGAGGAGGCGCUGUGGCAGGAGUAGUGAGAUCAGGUCGUGGGACUCUAGUGCGCACCCUCGCAUUCGUCUUCCUGGCAACGUUCCUCUGGUUGCAGUUACACGUGGUCAGCUUAACCGGACGAUCGCUUCCUAGUUCCUCGUCAGCAAAUGAGACCUUGUUCGCUCUAGUGCCCCAGGAACUUCACAGGUUCCUGAAGGAAAGAAGAAACGCCACGGUACCAGGAAACUCAACGGGCACGCUAAGCGAACAAGAGAUCCUAGACAUCAGACGUCAGAUUCAAAGGGUCAACGAGGAACAACGUGUCUUCAACGAGGAAGCUUUUGGACCACUAGCAUCAGAUGCACCAGUGAUAGUAGUCCAGGUACACGCCAGACUCAGUUACCUGAGACACCUGAUCGUUUCCUUGGCACAGGCUCGUGGCAUCGAGCAAGCCCUUCUAGUCUUCAGCCAUGACGUCUGGAAUCCUGACAUCAACUACCUCGUGCAAAGCGUCGACUUCUGUCGCGUCAUGCAGAUCUUCUAUCCGCACAGCAUUCAGACGCAUCCACGUACCUUUCCUGGGGAGGAUCCAAACGACUGUCCCAGGAACAUCCACAAGGACCAGUUAGUAAAUGCACUUAAUCUAAAGUGCAUCAAUGCCAAACAUCCUGACCUCUAUGGGCAUUAUCGAGAAGCCAAAUUCACCCAGACAAAGCAUCACUGGUGGUGGAAAGCCAAUAGGGUCUUCGAUCAGCUUACAGUGACCAGGAAUCACACUGGUAUGGUCCUUUUCCUCGAAGAAGAUCAUUACGUCGCAGAAGACUUCCUUCAUGUUUUAAGACUCAUGGAACGCACCUGCCGGCAUAGCUGUGAACGAUGCAACGUCCUCUCCUUGGGCACCUACAUCAAAACCUACAGCUACUAUGACGAGGGCAGCAGAAAGUACCUCGGCGUCAACAGUGCACUACAGAAGGAGCUUCUACGAGGGCUGAAACGCCAGGACAGUCUGGCUGAAUCAGCUGGUCAAACAUUUCAGGGUCAGGCUGCACCCGUCUGGGCUUUUCAACUAUUGCCAAGCCUCUACAAUCAUUAUCAGAAGGCGGAAGUGACUCCGUGGAUAUCAAGCAAGCACAACAUGGGCAUGGCGUUUAAUCGUAUCACCUGGAACGAGCUGCGCAAAUGCGGUAUGCAAUUUUGUUCCUACGACGAUUAUAACUGGGACUGGAGUCUUCAACAUGUCGGGCAAAGUUGCCUUCCGCCAAGUCGUGGAGCAGGAGCUGCACCGAGAGUCGAUUCCGGUCUGGUAGCUAUGGUGAUGCGAGCACCAAGAGUAUUUCACAUAGGAGAAUGUGGUGUUCAUCACAAGAAGAAUAACUGUGAGUCGAACGCCGUCAUAGCAAAAGUACAGAGCGUCCUGAAGGCAGCUAGGAAACAUCUGUUCCCGAUGCAACUAACGCUCACAAUAGCGGCAGUGGCAAAGAAGACAAAGCUCAGGAAGGGCAAUGGCGGUUGGGGUGACAUCCGGGAUCACGAGCUGUGCUGGAACAUAACCAUGUAUCCGGACUUGUCACUCCCCUAAGGACCAUCGCCUUCGGCCUCCUCUGCGCAGAGUCUCAGGAAUUUAAUUUUCCCGGCGGGUGCAAACAGUCACCAGCCGAGCCUAUAUAAAAGGUUGCACUAGCUUGCGGUGUCCUUGACUUUAAAGGGUGCUUCUGGAAUGAUCGCUGGGCGACCACGAGUCGGAAACGUACUGCUCAAAAAAAGGUUUAACUAAACUAAAAACAAAAAGCAUCAAGAGAUACUCUUCUUCGAGAGCUUAUCUUGAAAGUGGGUUUAUUUAAGGUAAAGAAAAGAGAGAGUGAAAUUCCUUGUCGAAGGGACGCGGUGUAUGUUCAUUGCGCCGUCGAGCUUUAGCGUUAUUAAAUUUUUAAUUGUUUAAAGAGCCAAAGCAUAAUUCGAUAAGUCUUGAAGCAUUAAAUGGUAUUUUAAUGUUUGACUAAACGUGCAAUUUUUCUAGUAUCAAAAUGGUUUUUCUUUGUUCACUAGAGGAAACGAGCGAAAGACAGUAAUUAAAUAUGAAAUAUUUUAUUAAUGGGGAAAUAUACCAUUAAUGACAAAAACAAUUAUUGCGCUAUUGAGCUUCUGUAUAUGAGUUAAUUAUAUGUAUUAUUAUUAUUACUAAUCGGCUCGACGUAUAUUACGUGGGCUAUCGGGCAGACUCAAUCCAUUCCUAGUACAUUAGUAUUACAUCAUACGUAUGAAUCAGUUGUGCUUUGUUCUUUCCUAUGGGGAAGCACGUUCGGUAGAAGCUGAGGAUAAUAAAUCUUGAAAAAGAAAAAGAGGACUUACAGAAAAAGAUAAUCACAUUAAUCAAGAAAGACAGGCGAAUCUAAGGAAAAGUUAUGACUAGGGCAAAAAGAGGGUAUAGACUUGAAAAAUCGUAACUCAUUGUCUUUUUCAUAGGUUUGACAAUACUUCUUAAACAAUUAAAAGAAAAUGGUAAACUCUCGUUUACGCCAGAGACGCACACGCAAAAAUAUGUAUACAUAUAUUCUAGUCAUCGUGGAUUAACAAAAGCUAAUGGGAUAUUAAAUAUUUAAUAUAUACAUCGCAAAGGAAAGAAAGCGUCGAUCAUGAUUUAUUAUUAAUUCUUAUUAGCAUUGUUAAUUGUCACUGUCCUCAUUAUAAUGCUCGACCCGCAUUCGCGUCACAUUGAGUCCCUUUUGUCUUGUGCUGAGUAAAAGAACAAGAGAAUUAAAGACAAACAAUGUUUAAUAAUUAGUAACAUCGGGGACCCGUCAUUGCUCACGUUCAACAAGAAAAUCUCGUGGGUCACGUGAUGUAAAUACAGAUGGCCUCAAUGAAAAAAAAAAUUCGAUUGUGGAAACUCAUAUGACAUGUGAUAACGGCUUAAAUUUUCACGAUACUCCCGAAUAUCAGUCUUUAUAUAUUUUAUGCAUACAGUAUACUCAACGAAAGUUCUACCUGUAUGUACUGUAUAGUUUAGAUUCAUUGGUGAGAAUGCUUAGAACCUGUGACAUGUUAUUAUGAAAUACGGAACAUUAUUAUUAUCAUUGUUGUUACUAUUAUUAUUAUUAUUGACUGUAUUUAUUAUUCUUUAUGACUGAGACUCGAGUAUCCUGGGAACCAGGAACAACGUUAUUAAUGUAUGUGGCGACAUAUCUAGAAGCCAAAUAGACGAUUGGUGGCAGAUGAUUCGUUAUACGAUCCAUAUUAUAUUCCAGUAAGGAUGUAAGUGUUUUAUAUGGAAAUAAAGUGAAUGUUCCUUCCAGGCGGAA